AUCCUACCCCAAGCAACGAUGCUAUCUUUCGCCCUGUGAAACGUCGACGCUGAUUGGAUGACAGGAAGCGAGGAGUUUUCUCUCUCCGGAAAACUUUUACGAAGAUGUAUGAUAUACUACAAAUCAAAACGAUGCGACAUCUUUAAUCAUACUGCUCUCAGAUUUGCAGCCUUAUCGUAUCCAGACGCUCUCGCCGCACGAGCAGCACACCGGAAUACCUGAAAGGAUUUUUCGUAAAGUGUUGAUAAUUGAAUUUCGAAAUGGCGGAUGCUGUAAGGCCUGAUUUACCUGAAGGUUACCUGGGUGCCCAAGGGUCGUUUGGGGAGCUUGGUCUGAGCGUCUCAAGCCAUUGUGACCCUUGCAUCACCGCAAGGGAAAAUAGCCUGGAGAUUACAUUCAAGACCACAAAGGCGGUCAAGUUUACUCACCAGCUGAUCAAUUGUGCCACUGAGAAGGAGAACAAUGAAUACGUUUUCACCCACACCAAAAACAAUAACGUGGUAUUUGUAAUUCAGCUCCCAGAAAUGGGCUACUACAAGCUCCAGCUUUUUGCCCUUCCGGUUGCAGACGUGAGCAAGUCCCUUCCCAAUGUCUUCAAUUAUUUGAUCCACUGUACACGGGCAAUGCAACCCGUGUACCCGUACCCCAAACAGUAUGCCCAAUGGAAGGAAGGAUGCUUCCUCACCAAGCCCCUAAUCCUUCACACCGACGCAAAGCUAACAAAUAUCGCAUGGAGCGUUGACGUCCCGCACGCGAAGGGUGUGGCCGUGGUAGCUGAUGGGGAGUGGUACCAUUUUGAAAAUCGCGGGGGACCGGUUUGGGAGGCGACAUUUAGCCUGGAUCAACUCAGGGGGAAAAACGCCAAGAUCACCUUAAACGCUAACCUUUCAGAUGACGAGACGAAGUACUGUACGUUAUUGGAAUAUAAGCUAUAGAGUGACUCUACGGAAGGUGAUAAAGGACUCGGGACAUUAUAACGAAGGAGACCUAGGACAGUAUGAUAGAUUAUAAGGACCUAUGUGUGUGAUAUACAAUGAGGUCUUGGAUAGUUUGUCUAGGAACUAUAUGUAUACUUUUUUAAGCAAGUGUUGCUGGCUUUGCAGAAAAACAUGCCGUUCAUUAUUUAUGACUGAUACAACGGACGAGAGGGUUCACAAUUUACGGCUGUUCUGCUGGUCCGCCGCUGAUGUUUUGUCGCAGUGUUGCUUGUUGUCAUGGAAACAUUCGAGAGAAGGUAGCACGUAGUUUCGUCAAAAUGGAGAAGAUAGUUUCGUAUUAUUUGUGGAACUCGGAAAACCGCCCGGAUGUCUCUAAUGAAAUAACGCUUAUUACUUUUAACUGCUAUCUCGACCAUGUGGAAUGUAUGUAGAUUUUUUUUUCUGUACAUGUGACGAACCAUAUAAAAGUCUAGUCCAAUCAGACGUUUGGUUACUUCGUACUGAAGACGAAGACAACAAGUGUCAGACUGAGCGAGACUAUUCCUAUUUCAGACUGGAUUACAUGCCCUGGUGACACUUAUCUCCCCUGGGAAAUAUAUCUAUAUAGUGAAUUUGCGAAGCAAAGACUAGCGGAAUCAGAAAACUAGAGCAUUCAAUUCAGUCUUCGACAGGUUAGUUGAUUCGUCAAACUAUUUUAGGAACCCAUGACUAUUUUUGAUAGUCACGCUGUCUGCCUAAAUGUGAUCAUACAAUUAUGAAGUUUUAUUUCAUUUUAUUUGUAUUUUGUUUUUAAAUUUUCAUUCAUAGAAUAUUCUUUUUGUUCUAUUUGCAUUGCUCAUUAUUGUUAGAGAAAAAAAAUAAAAAUUUAUA